AUGGGAAACCAAGUCUCAGCCAUGGACUCCUCUCGAGUCACAAAGAAAGCAAAGAAGCGCGCCAAUCUUCGAGGAAUGUUCAAUUAUCCAAACGGACGAAUCAUUCGCGAGGUACACAAUCUGUCUGGAGCAAACCAAUGGGUGACCGUCUUCUUCAACUGGGCUGACCACAAGUACAAUGACGAAGAGUUGAUGGAUCUUGUAGUGGCUCGUAUCAACGCCCGAGACGGUAUCAUUUCGUCCGAACCCGUCCAUCACGAUGUCAAAUGGUGUCUAUCUCUACGUGUCCCAGGAUACUGGAAUCCUACUGACGUUUCGAUUGCCGCCGCCGCCAGAGUCAUUGCACAAUGGCAUAAAAGUGAAAUGCGCCAUGCCGGUAUGAAGAUCAACCGAAGAUAUCUUUUCCGCGGCAACAAUCGUCGAAAAAAGCCUCACUUUGUUCGUUAA